GGUGUGAAGGUGGUGCCAUGCGUACGGUACGAUCGUGGGGAGCUCUGUUUCCACCCACGGAGAAACAUUGUAGAAGCAACGCCCAGUCAAUACCAAGUUCUCCAUCAGAAUCUGUAUCCGGUUUGUCCAUGUUGAGUACCACCUGUGGAAGAGCAGGACAAGUUGCACCAACCUCCACAGGCAUUCCCCAGGUCCAAUAUGACUUGCCGACAGGGUCCACCUCAGGAAUGUUUCAGUUUUGGAGCAAUGAUGCAUUGGGGAGUUCUCACACAAUGUCGUUCAGUCCUCCAAAGACUCAAUAUGCGCUUGGGACUGUGCCAUCAGCACUGGCAUCACGGGAGCUUUCCCUGACCCCUCCAGCAGAAUCGGUCUACACUUUUGAGUUAUCUGCUGUGAAGAUCUUGGCAACUUCAGUUUCUGAAGGCUCAGCUUACUCCUACCCAGAAGCUAACGGAAUCACUCAGAACUUCCCCAACUUUAUUCCUAGUUCUUCAGCCUUGCCGAACAGACAUGUGUCACCCAGUCACCCGGAAGAAAUCCCAUGGUGGAGUGUGCAACAGCCCAGUCCUGUCAUUCCACAUCAUCUCCCCUUUGGAAAGGCCAUGGUCUUGGGUCAUCAAAGCCAGCUUUCAUCUGCAUUCCUUCAGACCUCUUCAAAAAGUCUUCUGAACUGUGCCCGACGUUGUAGGAGAUGUAGGUGUCCUAACUGUCAGUCUCCAGGCACUAAUGGAGACCAAGGUAAGAAACAGCAUAUCUGCCAUAUUCCUGGCUGUGGCAAAGUCUAUGGAAAGACCUCCCACCUAAAGGCCCACCUAAGGUGGCAUGCUGGGGAACGUCCCUUUGUAUGCAACUGGCUCUUUUGUGGGAAGAGUUUCACCAGGUCUGAUGAGUUGCAACGACAUCUGAGAACUCACACGGGUGAGAAACGCUUCUGCUGUCCGGAAUGCGGCAAGAGGUUCAUGAGGAGCGACCACCUCUCCAAGCAUAUCAAAACCCAUCAAAAUAAACGGGUGAAACACCAUGGCAUGAGUUUGGGAAACAUUAAGCAGGAGUAAGGAAGAAGGCAGAGCUUUCCUGUAGGACCAAUGAAUAAGUUCUUGAGAUGGUGUGGGAUUUUAGUUUUACAGACCGGGAAGGUCCAAGCUUAUAUGCCUGGUCUGUGGAUGAUCUGAUCUCAGCAUGGGUAGUAAUACUGAACCUGAUCUUGGGUGUCUUGGGUUGGGGAAGGGAAAUGUCAACGAGGGGUCCCAGGCAAGGAGCCUUUCUGUAUGUAGCGAGUGUUAGGGAAGAGCUCACAUGUAAUGUCUGCUCACAUCCCUACCCUGCUCCAAUGGUUAAAUAUUCUUUGGCUUCACUUGGCCAGGUGAAGUUCUGGAUGCAGAAUGUACCCCUCGCAUUAGUAACCACUUCUGAGAGAAAGGGGGUUGGGUGGGGGAUGGUGGUGGGAAGGAUUAUUCAAGGCAAAGAUGUAAC